AAAAAUAGCCGGUGUGCCAGUCAGUGCGGCGAUGUCGACGGCGAACGACGUUUCGACGGUACGGUUCGGCCGGUGGUGGUGGUGCUGGCGGAGACGAAGGAGGAGUACUACCUGCGGGUCAACGAUGCCGACAGGAUACUCGAAGACGUUCGUCCUCCUCGGUGUACUCGCGGUGUUAUGCGCCCUGUUGGGCCCCGUCGACGCCUUAGCAAGGACGAAACCUGAAGAGCCUCGGGGCAAGGGAGGCCACAAGGAAUCCGAGCCUGUCAUCGAGGAAGUCAAUGCCAAACAGCUCGAACGGCUCCUCAAUGAGAAGGAUUUUGUUGCCGUGUACUGGUAUGCGAGAAGUUGCACGACAUGCGACAAAGUGCUGGCCGAACUGGAGAAGAUCGACGACGACACGGAUCACUUCGGGGUCGACUUCGUCAAGAUCAACGACAAACGACUGGCCAAGCAAUACGGCAUCAAGAACUUCCCAGCCCUCACGUAUUUCCGUGAAAAGGAACCGAUCAUUUACGAAGGUGACCUGAUGGACGAAGAAAAUGUCCUAGACUUUCUAACAAGUUUGGAGGCUAUGGAUCUUCCGGAUCGUAUCGAAGAAGUGAACUCAAUGAUCCUGGAGAAGAUCGUCGAGGAUACGGAGUUCGUUGCUGUCCUUUUCUGUCCGGACACUCAACGGUGUGCUGGUGCCGGUUCUAACAAGCCUGACUGCAAAAAGUGUCUGAAGGCCCUUCAGGAAUUGGAGAACAUCGACGACGAGGCCGAUCAACUAGGUAUCGGUUUCGUGAAAAUUGCGGAUGAAAAACUCGCGGAUGAGUACAAUCUUGGUCCGCUUCCGGUUCUGGUCUAUUACAGGCACCAGAUUCCUAUCAUUUACGAGCACGAGCUGAGCAGAGAAGAGGAUGUCCUUGAAUGGCUGGUGGCGAAUAAAAGCACAGGGGAUGAAGAGGACGUGAUCGAGGACGUCACUGCGAAAACUUUACAGACCCUCAUCGGAAACAUCGACAACCUGGUCGUUCUAUUCUACGAUCACGGUGACGAGGAUUCGAUGCAGGUACUGAACGAACUGGAGAAGAUAGACGAUGAUUGCGACAAACAUGGAAUCCAGUUUGUUAAAAUCGACGACGAAAAGGCGGCUAAAGAUUUCGGAAUCGAUUCGGUCCCUGCGAUCGUCUAUUUCGAGAAACAGAUUCCUAAUGUUUACGAUGGAGAUGUAGAAAACGAGGAUGAAAUUCUGGAAUGGUUACUGUCGCAAUUGGAAAAGGAUGAGAUCGAGGACAUCACUGACGAGAUGUUGGAUAAACUGAUUAAAGAUGGAAAAACUCUUGCUGUGCUAUUUUACGACAACAACGAUCGGAAAUCUCAAAAGAUUCUCAACGAGUUGGAGAAUAUCGAUGACGAGUGCGAUCAGAUCGGUGUGACAUUCGUGAAGAUCGACAACGCGGAAGAAGCCAAGGAAUACGGCAUCGAAAAGAUGCCUAGUAUGUUAUAUUUCGAGAAUGGAAUACCAACAUUGUACGAAGGAAACCUUGAGGAUGAAGACAAGGUCCUGAAGUGGUUGGAACAGCAACAGAAAAGCGAUCAGAUCGAAGACAUCACCGACGAGGUGCUCGACAUGAUCAUCGAGAAAAUGCCGCACGUAGCCGUCCUUUUUUACGACAAGGAUCAGAAGAAGAGUCAGAAGAUCCUUGCCGAACUAGAGAACAUCGAUGAUGACUGCGAUCAGCACAACAUUGCCUUCGUGAAGAUUCAUGACCUGGACGAGGCGAAGGAAUACGGUAUAGAUCAGCUGCCGACGCUGGUGCUCUUCGAGAGAAGGAUACCACAUAUUUACGAAGGGGAUCUGAUGAACGAGGAUCAGCUGCUGGGAUGGCUACUGCAUCAGAAGAAGCACUCGGAGAUACCAGAGGUGACGGACGAGAUGAUGGAGAAGCUGAUUGAGACGUCGCCGUACUUGGCAGUCCUGUUUUACGACAAGGAUGACAAGCAGGACAUACGCAUCCUGAACGAGCUGGAGAACAUCGACGACGAGUUGGAGAAGGAAGGGAUCGUGAUCGUUAGAAUGGACAAUGACGCCGAGGCGAAGGAGUACGGUAUCGAUCAUCUACCAACAUUGGUCUACUUUGAGAACAAGAUACCAGCCAUCUACGAGGGUGAUCUGUUGAACGAGGACGAGGUACUGGAAUGGCUGAUCGAGCAGAAGAACACCGCCACCAUCGAGGAGGUCACCGACGAGAUUUUAACCGAUCUUAUCGAGGAACACGAAUACGUUGUCGCCUUCUUCAGUGGAGAUUGCGACGACGGAGACGAUUGCGACAAAAUACUCCAGGAACUCGAGAACAUCGACGACGAACUGGACGAAACAGGGAUCAUAUUUGUCACUACGGAGGACACUGCGUUCGCGAAGAAACAGGGCAUCAGAUCUUUCCCCACUUUGGCAUUCUUCAGGAACAAGGAACCUUUGAUCUUCAAAGGAGACAUCGAAGACGAGGACGAAGUGCUGUCGUGGAUCACCGACGAGAACACUCUGGAGAUUCCAGGCAAGAUCGAGGAAGUGAAUGGAAAGAUGUUGGAGAACAUCCUUGAAGAAAAUGAUUAUAUCGUUGUCUACUUCUACAAAGAAGGAGACAAGAAGAGCCAAAAGAUUCUUCAGGAGCUCGAAAACAUCGACGACGAAUGCGAAGAGAAGGACAUCGAUUUCGUCAAGAUCUCUGAUGAAGGAAUCGAAAAGGAAUACGAUCUACCUGGUUUACCAGCAUUGGCAUUCUACAGACACAAGUUCCGUCAAGUGUACAACGGUGAUAUGAUGCACGAGGAAGCGAUUUUAGACUGGAUCCUGGAACUACGUACCCAGACACCGGAUGUGAUCGAGAGCGUCGACCGGAAGACGCUGCAAGUGCUGAUUAACGACGUCGAGCAUCUUGCCGUAUUCUUUUACGAUGAUAAAUGCGAAACGUGCCCGGAAAUCCUCGAGGAACUCGAGACCAUUGACGACGACACCGACAAACACGGUAUACAGUUCGUUAAAUCGAACGACGCGAAAUUGGCCGCCGAAAUCGGUGUAUUCUCAUUUCCGGCGCUCGUUUAUUACGAGACUGGUGUGCCCAUCAUGUAUGACGGUAAUCUGCUCGACGAAAGCGAAGUUCUCGAUUGGAUGGUGAAGCAGAAGACGGAUGAGAGUAUCGAAGAGAUCGAUCGUGACACCCUGAACAAGUAUAUCGAGACGAAAGAAUUCCUGGCUGUUGUUUUCUACAAGGAGGAGGAUCCAGAGAGUCCUAGAGUACUGAGGCACGUCGAACUGAUCGACGACGAGGCUGCUGAGUACGGUAUAAAGAUUGUCAGGAUGAAGGAUCGUCUGAUGGCGAAGAAGUACGGUUUCCGUAAUCCUCCUGGUAUCACGUACUUCCGCAAAGGGAAGAACAUCAACUACGACGGGGACAUCGAUGACGAAGAAGAGAUACUAGAUUGGUUGACCAACCCCGAGAACAUGGAACUCACCGAUCACAUAGAACGAAUCAACAAGAAGAUGUUCCAGAAGAUACGACAGACGACCGACUAUUUGGCUGUAUUCUUCUACAGCAACGACUGCAAACAGUGUGGCAGAGUACUGGCAGAGAUCGAGCACAUCGACGACGAGGCAGACAACGCAGGAAUCAAAUUCGUGAAAAUCGAUGACAAACAGCUAGCUAAACAAUUUGGUGUCUUUGCGUUACCUGCUAUAUUGUUCUUUAAAAUGUCCUCUAAGGAACCGGUCAUCUAUGCAGGCGAUCUGUACGAUGAGGAACAGAUUCUCCAGUGGUUGAUGACGCAGAAGGAUCCUUCCGGUGAGGUAAUCGAGGAUUUGGAGGGAGAGGAACUCUUGAAUUUGAUAAGAGAAUCCGAAUCAUUGGCGGUGUACUUCUGGAACAGAACGCUUUGUGACUUGUGUCAAGCAAAAUAUCAACGCAAGCAGGCCCGGCACAGGGAACGCAGGAUCGUCGAACACGAAGCAACCGAGGAACUCGAUGACGCCGACGACUGUGACCAGUGCAUGGGCAUACUGGAGGAGCUGGAGAACAUUGACGAUGACUGCGACAGACAUGGUAUCACUUUUGUUAAGACUCAGGACUUCAAGGUGGCAGAAGAUUAUGGAGUCACGGAAUUUCCAGUAUUAGUGUACUUUGAAAAACAAAUACCAAAUGUGUUCGAAGGCGAUCUGGCAGUGGAAGAAGAGGUUCUACAAUGGCUGAUCACUCAGAAGACAGAGGAUCGAAUCGAACUGAUUACUAGAAUGAUGUUGGAAACAUCUGUCGAAGAAACUCAGUACCUUGCAGUUUACUUUUAUAAACAAAAUUGUCACAUAUGCGACGAGAUUUUGGAAGGAUUGGAAAAGAUCGACGACGAGUGCGAUGUGUUUGGCAUUCACUUGGUAAAAAUUCAGGAUCCCCAGCUAGCCAAACGAUACUCCAUCAAAACGUACCCUGCGCUGGUUUAUUUUAGAAACGGCAAUCCUCUUUUGUUCGAAGGUGAUUUACAAAAUGAAGAAUCGGUGCUCGAAUGGUUAAUCGAUGACGACAACCGAGAACUAGCGGAUGAAAUUGAAUCUGUUAACGACAGGAUGCUGGAGAGACUUCUUGAAGAAUCUCCCUUUCUCGCUGUCUUCUUCUACGACGAAGACUGUCCUGAAUGCGACGAGAUCAUGGAAGCUUUGGAGAAAAUCGACGGCGAGGCUGAUUUAUUCGGUAUCGAUUUCGUCAAGGUUUUCAGUCCAGAAGCUGCCGAGAAAUAUGGAAUCCUGAAUGUCCCUUCUCUCGUUUAUUUCCGUAAAAAAACGCCACUUAUUUACGACGGCGAUCUGACCCAAGAGGACAAGAUUCUUCAGUGGCUGACUUCUCAAGAUGUCUUUGAGAUCAAGAACGAGAUCGAGGAGGUGAACAAAAAGAUGCUUGACAAGUUGCUGGACGAAAACGAGUUCCUUGCUGUCUUCUUUUACGAACAUGACAGCAGAGAGAGCGAAGAAGUGAGUGAAAAAUUAGAGAACAUCGAUGGAGAAACUGAUAAUUUGGAUAUCACGUUUGUGAAGAUGGCGGAUCCAAGAUACGCCAGAAAAUGGGGUGUCACCAAACUUCCUGCCAUUGUCUACUUCCGCAAGAGAUUCCCCAGUAUUUAUCGAGGUGAUCUGCACAAAGAACAGGACGUUCUCGAGUGGCUACGCAAGAACAGGUACCGUCAACCGGAACUGAACAUCUACAUGUACAUGCUGGUCGCCAUAACCGUCCUGUUCGCCAUGUACACCGGUUUCCUCUUGUCCUGUUUCCGCUCGGAGCCAACCGCGCCCGCAACGCAUCCGAAGCAAGCGUGAAAACUCGUGUGAAAGGAGAGCCGGGAAAUGAAAGAUGAAACAGAGAAGAUGAGAGAGCGAAAGAGAGUAAACGGAGUGUUGUUGAGUGAAUGUACAAUGUCGUUGAUGUUGCUCCGACUCGCUUUAUGUAAGAUUAACGAGGGUCGUUCGUCAGGAACGAUGCGACCCGACUCGACGAGGACGACGACGAAACCGGUCGUUUCAUUACCGACGACCAGCCAUAUUUCUUUUAGAAGAAGGCUCUAUUUCGUGUCGAGAAUACUAUUGAAAAUAUCGUCCGUGAAUUCCGUGAGCGCGCGCUAUGUUUUGCUAACGUGGACCAAAUCCGUCGUGUCUUUUCUUUUUUUUAUUUCUUUUCUCUAGAAAGCUAUAGACCUCUGUCAAACGAAAAUGGCGCGAACGACUUAAGGGGUUGCGAGACACGUAUGAUAUUGCUCCAAGUAUUCCAGACGAAGUGUUAGUGUUUAUAAUAAGUGUAAUAUUCAUUGCUACACGUUUGCUAUACUUCUGUGUCACGUUUAUCAAAUUACCGUAUCGUGAAAUUUUUCUUUUUCUUUUUUUCUUUCGUUCUUUAAUUAUUACUUUUACUGUGUCGCUUUGUAACGAAUAGAGAUGUAUCGUAUAUAUCGUAUUCCGACCAUUUUUCUAUUGAUUUGCGAACCACGAAGGACUUUCUUGCGUUUUUAGGGUGAAUAAAAUUGAUCCAAGCGUGUACGUUAUUAUUAUUUGCUAUUUAUGGAUUGUUGCUAGACGACGAUUGUCGAUCAUUAAUAUAUGUUACAACAAUUUUCACUGUCAUCGUCGACGGAUUUUUUGACAGCGGUCUUAUUUUAUCCAUGUACAUAAUCAUCGUUGGUCCACGCGCAUUACCUUCAUCACCAAAGUGAUUGUCACGAUCGUUUUGUUCGAGGACAUAAAUCAAAAUUCACAAUAUAGAUAUAAUAUUAAUAUCUUAACGAUCUGCGUGUCGUUUCGGGCGAAAAUAAUCACGACGAUUCGAUCGUCAUCGACUUCCACUGAAUAUACGAGAGGGCUAAGGUGCCUGUCGACGUCUAUAUUGUCAGAGAGGCUUAACGAUGUCAACAUAAUAAGGAGGAAUAAAGAACGAACCAUUGGACCAAUUCCAAACCGUUGAAAUGCCACUUCCAUCUGCCAAUUAUAAUAAAUAAUGUAAUAGUGUGUACGAUGCGUUAUACAUAAAAAAAGAGAAUACCACGAUUUUUCUUUUAUUUUAUGUUCUACUCGUUUCUUUUUUUUUUUCUUCUUCGUUUGACUCUGUUCGAAGAAUUUAUUAUAAUAUACACGAAUACGUAAUUUAGCUCUUUUGGAUACUUCUUUGAGUUUAGAAACUUCGCACAUGUAUUCGAUUGAAUUUUCGAAAUAUAAAUGAGACUAUUUUAACGUG